AUGAUGUCUAACAAUUCAAUCCCUUCAACUAAUACUAAGUCCAAUGCUUUAUCUUCAAUGGUGAAUCCAAACCAAAUGAACCAUUAUUUAGGUGGAUCAAAUUCUACUAUUAUGAAGAACAAUAAUGGUAAUCCAUUACCAUCUUCGAUGAAUAGAAGUUCCAAUCCUUCAGUUAAUAAAACUACUCAGUUAUAUAUGGGUGAUUUGGAUCCAAUGUGGGAUGAGUCAACUAUUAAGCAAAUUUGGAAUUCAUUAGGAGAAAAUAAUAUUGUCGUUAAAAUUAUUACAAACAGUAAUAUGACUUCAAUGGGUAGAAAUAAUCCAGGUUAUUGUUUUAUUGAGUUUUCAAAUUAUAAUAAUGCAUCUAAUGCUCUAUUGAAAAAUGGAUUAGUUAUACCUGGUUAUAAUUCAAAAGUCUUGAAACUUAAUUGGGCUUCCAUGCAUACAAGAUCAAAUGGUAAUACUAAUUGUACCGCUAAUAAUAAUACCUCCUCCAAUAAUUCUACUAACAAUGAUUUUUCAGUCUUUGUCGGUGAUCUAGCACCAAAUGUCACUGAGGCUCAAUUAUUUGAUUUAUUUAUAAACAGAUAUUCUUCAACUAUUCAUGCAAAGAUUGUCUACGACCAAAUGACCAACGUUUCAAAAGGUUAUGGGUUUGUUAGAUUUAAUAAUAGUGCUGAUCAACAGAGAUCUCUGAAUGAAAUGCAAGGUGUAUUUUUAAAUGGUAGAUCCAUUAGAGUUAGUAAUACCGGUCAUAAUCAGAAUAGAUCAAACAAUAAUACUAAUAACUCUUUGAAUGAUCCACAGCAUAAUAGAUCAAGAAGUAAUUAUAAUAAUACUAUCAAUAAUAAUAAUUCAAAUACUAAUAAUUAUUCUAAUAUGACUAGAUCAGAAUCCUUAAAUUUUCAAAAUAGAGAUUUGAAUGUAUCAUCCUCUAAUACUAGUAACAGUAUUUCUCAAUUUUCUUAUCCUGUUCCUCAGCAACCUGCUUUAAACCAAUUUACUGAUCCAAAUAAUACUACUGUAUUCAUUGGUGGAUUGUCAUCUUUAGUAUCAGAGGGUGAAUUACGUUCAUAUUUCCAGCCGUUUGGUACGAUCGUUUAUGUUAAAAUUCCUGUUGGUAAAGGUUGUGGCUUUGUUCAAUAUGUUGAUAGAAGUGCAGCUGAAACUGCUAUUUCAAAAAUGCAAGGUUUUCCAAUCGGAAAUUCAAGAAUUAGAUUAUCUUGGGGUAGAUUUGCCAAGCAAUCAGCCCAAGUUGAACAUCAACAAUACCAUCACCAACAACAAUAUCAACAACAACAGCAACAGCAACAGCAUCAACAACAACAACAACAACAGCAACAGUCUAAUUCUCAACAACAUACUCAACCACAACAUUUAAUAGGACAAAAUCAAUCACAACAUCAAGCUCAUGAACCUUUACUUAAUCGUGCUUUACAGUAUCAACAACAGCAACCAAUGAUCAUAAAUCCAACUUAUGGUUACAUUAAUAACUCAACAGCAAUUACUUCAUUACAAAAUAAUGUUUUUGGUGGACCAUCUGUAAAUCAAACUUACUCUAUGUCGUUUGCCAACUUAAGUAAAGGUGUUAAUACUACUUCUACAAGCGAUUUAUCACAAGAUUCGAGUCUUUUAUUACCAGGUUAUCAAAAUUUAAAUUUUUCGACGGUUCCCCAACCAACUGGUUCUAAUUUAGAUGAUUUGUCAAGAUUUAAAUAUUCCCCACCAGAAGAAAAUCAGCAUUUUCAAUAUAAUUUGAUGCAAUCUCAGGGUCAAACUUCCAUGUUACAGCAACAAUUACAACAGCAAGCUCAACAGCAAGCUCAACAAGCUCAACAACAAAGCUUGCAACAAUCCCAACAACAGCUGCCACAGCUGCAUCAAACAAUUUCUAAUCAAAACACCAAUCAAAACACUUCAAACCAACCACAAUUAUCGGUUCAAGAUAAUAAUCUUUUUGUCAAAAAUAAUGAGGCUGCUUUAGAUCGUUUAGAAAAGGGAAGUAACGCAUUUAUUUUUGCUUAA